AUGUCCUUCAUGCCAGAAUUCAAACGGACACAUAAUAUUACUCACAGCUGCAGAAUCCAUGAUAUCUAUAAGGUCAAGGGAACAAAACCAGUUUCCGAUCACAAACCAGUUAUUCUGGAGUUCUACCUUCCUGCCAAAGCAGACAACUCCACUCCCUCCACACCAGAAUGUAGAAUUACAGAGGUUCUGGCAAAGUUAGCUGAGUCUCAAUACAAUGAUCAAAAAGUCAGAACAGGAAAAAUAUGUGGGUCUGAGAUAGUAAUGGCAAUGUAAUCUCUGACUGGCUCUGGACAACCAACACUUGGUACAAUACCUGACCUGAUAACAACCGAACGCUUAAAGCAGACAUAUAAUAAAAAACUUCAACAUAAAGCUUCAGAAAUGACACCCAAUGAAAGGAAGAUAUUUGCUAAAAUACUAGAAAGUCGUCUACAAAUGUACCUUCAGUUCUCAAUCAAUUAAAGAUCAGAGGUGAACCAUCACAGAGUUUGCCUUAUCUUGUUACCUUGGACAUCCCAACAAAGAUUAAGAGAAAAUUCUUGGAAGAAACCCUUUUGUCCAUAAAGUGUUCUAAACGAUCUCCUAAAUCAUCUGACCCUAUUGGAUUCAAAUUUUUAAGGGGAGUGCUUUCUCGUGACUUUCCCAUUUGGUCAAAGUUGCUUCCAAUUGCUGAUCAUACUUUAGGUCCCACAAAUCUUCAAUGUGACAAGAGAUGGUUAAAGCGUGACUGUCCCCUCAAACAAACUCUACUUGCCUUAUGUCUGAAGAAUUUGCAAUACAAGAUUAAUGAUCAAACUAAGAUAACCAGUGUGUGGUACUUCACACAGUGUUGUCUGAUACACAUGGAAGAAAAGGAAUUGCAGACUGUGGCAGCUGUACUCUUUAAAUGCAGAGAAGACUCUGGGAUUAGUAUUACCACAGAUAAAACUAUCCCUUUGCCACCAGGCCACACACAGUGA